ACGGAGACACGUGUGGCAUAUUCUCAUCUCUAUUUAUCGCCCUCACCAAAAAUCUCUGAAAUCUCGAUACAUUAAUAAAAUGAGUAGCCUCAGCUUCACAAGUUUAAACCUCAGCUUCAUCAUCAUCACCUUCGCCAUCUUCUUCUUCAGUCCUUCUAAUGCAAGUCAAACCCCUCAACCUCAAGUUUCAGAUAAUAUUCUCAGAAUCCGCCAUUUUUUCCUUCACAAGGUUUCUGAACUGAAAGACCAAGCUCAAAAAUUCCAAGAAACCCAGUUCUACCCAUCAAGCCAUUUAGUUGUAGCUGCAAUUCUCUGCUUCAUAGCUUCCUCCAUCUCCAGUGCUGGUGGCAUAGGAGGAGGUGGAAUUUUCAUACCCAUUCUCACCAUUAUCGCUGGCGUAGACCUCAAAACAGCUUCGAGCCUGUCGGCUUUCAUGGUCACAGGAGGUUCUGUUGCAAACGUUGUCUGCAAUAUGUGUACUAAGAGUCCUAAGUUUGGCGGGAAGACGCUGAUUGACUAUGACAUAGCUCUUUUAUCAGAGCCUUGUAUGCUGCUAGGAGUGAGUGUUGGGGUUAUCUGCAACCUCGUAUUCCCCGAGUGGCUGAUCACUAUUCUGUUUGCUGUUUUUCUGGCUUGGUCUACGGCCAAGACCUGUGGAAGUGGGGUUAUGUUUUGGAAGACUGAAUCAGAAGAGAUUACGAGGAAGGUUAAUGUUGGGUUCGGGGAAGUUGGUGAGAAAGGGGUUGUGGGAGAGUCUCUUUUGGGUCAUCAUGAAGAGAAUUAUGACAGAUUGACACUUCCUUGGCUCAAACUUGGGGUCCUUCUUUUAAUCUGGUUUUCUUUCUUCUUCCUCUAUCUUCUUCGUGGCAACAAGUAUGGACAGAGUGUAAUUCCAAUGGAGCCAUGUGGCGUGGGGUAUUGGAUUCUCUCAUCAGUUCAAAUACCACUUGCUGUAAUUUUCACUUACUGGAUUGUAUCCAGAAAAGAGACACUUCAAGAUCAGCCUAUAAUAAGUCAGGACCAGGAUUUGACUGGAAAUGGACCCUCAAAUAAGCUUAUCUUCCCAUUAAUGGCACUGUUAGCAGGUCUUCUGGGUGGCGUCUUUGGAAUUGGAGGUGGAAUGCUGAUAAGCCCCCUUCUUCUUCAAGUUGGAAUAGCACCUGAGGUGACAGCAGCAACUUGUUCUUUCAUGGUUUUCUUCUCUUCUACAAUGUCAGCAUCACAGUACCUGUUGCUGGGCAUGGAAUAUACAGAGACAGCACUAGUAUUAGCAAUUAUAUGUUUUGUGGCAUCAAUGCUUGGGUUAUUGGUUGUGCAGAGAGCAGUUCACAAGUAUGGAAGGGCAUCCUUGAUAGUUUUCUCAGUUGGCAUAGUUAUGGCUUUAAGCAUUGUUCUGAUGACAAGCUUUGGAGCCAUUGAUGUUUGGAGGGACUAUACAUCUGGAAAAUACAUGGGCUUCAAGCUUCCCUGUUAAGAGUUCAAGACAAUUAUGUUUUCUUACAGUUUUGUGAUAGCCUGCUAGAAUUUCUACUCAGUAGUACUAUAACUUGUGCAGAUAUUUAUCAGCUCACACUAAGAUUAUGAAAUUUCCCAGAGCAGGGCAAAGCUUUAGGCUUCUCAAU